AAAGAUAUCCCCGUCAAACUACCACACCAUCUGAAACAAGCUUAGACUUGAAAGUCAACCGCUAGCAGAAAGACACUAACUAGACAACAAAACCAAGGACAAAAAAGAAAGCGACCCCACUGGGACUCGAACCCAGAACCUUCAGUACCGAAAACUGACGCCCUACCAUUGAGCUAUAAGGCCUGAUUGGGAAAGAGGGUCCAAUUCACACUCUAUAGCCUACAUCGAGCAAAGCUGAACAGAUACCUUUCCCCUCAUCAAAUCUCUCUCCCCCUCACCACCUCCGAUAUCCAAUCCGCAGUCCGUCGCAAGACAGACCACACCCACCUAACAGCACACCUCCCCUCUCCUCACCCCCUACCUACUCUCCCACAUCCCCGAAGAUGUCACUCCCAAACGCCGACCUUGUUGAAGAAAUCGAAGCCAUCAACGCGAUCUACGACCCAGACACCAUCACAAUCUCCAGCACGGGGACCAGUACCGCAAGCCCAGCCGCCGCACCCUCCACCCUCGACCUGGGCAGCAGCAGCAGCAGCAGCAACGAACCCGCUACAACAAUCUUCAAACUCCAAAUUCCAAACCACCCGCACCUCUCCUUCCUCCUCGGCUUCCCCGCAACCUACCCGGACACACCCCCGCUCAUCCUAGGCACCGCCUCGACCGCCGCCCGCGGCGAAGGCAAACUCGCCGUCGACAUCCUCGCCUCCAUCCUGUCCAGAGUAUACACCGCCGGCGCGGUCUGCCUCUUCGACCUGAUCUCCGAAGCGGAGACGGCGUUCACGGAGAUCGGCGUGGGCGGGGAGAGUACCACUACUACCACCGCCACCACCACCACUGCCAGUAACAAUGACGCCAGCAAUGGCAAUGGCAAUGGGAUAAAUGCAGCGCAUUCGCACGAGGAAGUCUCCCCUGCGGAAUCCACCCAGCCAACGAUGCAGCUGCAUGAGACGUUCGGGCUCCCCGCCCCGCCGGAAUGGAUCCUCUCGGACGUGAUCACGGAAAAGAAAUCCGUGUUCGUGGGGCGGGCGGCCCGUGUGACGAGUCUGGGCCAGGCGAAGGCGUGUCUGGAUUAUUUAUUGGCGAGCGAGAAGAGGGUCGCGGCCGCGACGCAUAAUAUUAGUGCGUGGAGGAUUCGGGAGAGGAGGAAUCUAGGUGAAGCUUCUGCUGGCGGGGAUGUGUCCAUCGUGCAGGACUGUGAUGAUGAUGGGGAGACGGCGGCCGGGGGCCGGCUGUUGCAUCUGAUGCAGUUGAUGGAUGUCUGGGAUGUGGUCGUCGUCGUGACGCGGUGGUAUGGUGGGGUGCUGUUGGGGCCGGAUCGGUUUAGGAUCAUUAAUGCUGCGGGGAGGGAUGCGUUGGUCAAAGGGGGUUUCGCGAGGGAGUCGUCGUCUGGCGGGAAUGGGGAGGGAGGCAAGAAGAAGAAGGGGAAGAAAUGAUUCGAAACCGUGGCUGUUGGGCUGAUGUAGGAUCGUGGGGAACGGUUAUGCUGCGCAACGCAUCGGUCUUGCGGUUUGAUACAUAAUCCAGUCUGCUUCCCGGCGAGGCCGAGGCUUGAAAGGAUGCAGCCUUAUAUGCUGCUGCUGGCGGGCUGCUGCCUGACAUGGACGUGAUGGCAUCCAUGCAUCUAGGCUGGUGGGUUAGCGACAUUCGCACAUAAACCACUAUCUUCCCCAGGCUAUUGGGGUGACUCUUUUGAUCCAGGGACUUCGGUCGCUGAAACACCAUCCUGACGGCGCCGCAUCCUGAUCAACCAUAUCCGGCUGUGCUGGUGGAGGAGCGUGCAACCUCUUGAGAGAUGGUCGUCAAUGCACCCCAGAGGCUGUGGCUGCUGGUGCAGCUGGUAACUCACGGUGAAAGCGAUGAGCUACAUGUAUAGAAUGACCUUUGACAUGUACACUAAAUACAGGUAGAUAUACUGUAAUACACCUCCGAG